GAGAGCUCCUGGCCACCAGCUACCAGCUAACAGCGCAGCUGCAGCUUCCAGUGACUCCUCCAACUCUUAAGCCUUAGAGCUAGCUCCAAGGAUUAACAAAGCAAGCAAGCACCUGUGUGUCGCGUCGUGUGCCGCGUGUCGUGUUGGUUGUGAAGUGUCCAAGAAGUGAACAGUGAACAGAAUGACAUUCAAGCAAAGGCAUCUGCAUCCGCUGAGCCUGCUCACCCUGUGCCUGUGCCUGUGCCUCGCCAGCAGAUGCGAGGCGGGCACCGAGCAGAUCAGCAAUUUGUCAGCCGCUGGCGGCAGUGGCACCACUCAGAGUGCCGGCGCACGCACCUUGCUGCGCGUUUACGAUGAGUGCACCCGUGCCGAGGCCGGAUUCGUGCCAUGCCUGAAGAAGAAGGCCAUCUCCUUCAUAGAUCGUCUUGCCCCCAUCGAUGCCAUAAACGUGGCCGACGGCAUCAAGCUGGUGCGCCUGGAGUCGGCCCCACGUCCCGCCGUCGCCACCAGUGAGAACGAGCUGGAAUCCUCGCUGCCUCGCUCCGGCAGUGACCGCGACGCCAAGCUGACGAACAUGCUCACCGAGCGCCUCAGCUACUUCUUUAAUGGCCAUUCGCUGCAGGUCAGCUUCCCCAAGCUGACAUCCGAUGAGAUUGGACGCGGGCUCGAGGAAGGUCGCGGCAAAAUGAAGAAGAUGAUGGGCAUGAUGAUGAUGGGCAUGGCCAUGAAAAUGAUGGGCAUGAUCCCCAUUGCCAUGGGCGCCCUAUACAUACUGGCUGGCAAGGCUCUGAUCAUCUCGAAGAUUGCCCUGCUGCUGGCUGGUAUCAUUGGCCUGAAGAAGCUCAUGUCGGGCAAAUCGUCGGGCGGUGGCAGCUCUGGAUGGUCGUCGGGUGGCGGCGGCGGCGGUGGGGGCGGUGGCUGGUCAUCGGGUGGCGGUGGAGGCGGCGGCGGUGGUUGGGACAGGCGCUCCCUCAACGAGGCGCAAGAAAUGGCGUACCGCGCCCACAAAGAGCAAUUGGCGCAUCCACAGUUAUACCAUCAGCAACAGCAGCAGCAGCAGCUGCAGCAGCUGCAUCCGAAGUCGGCGGCGCCACAGGUGACCAAGUCAUAGGACGGUCGUAUGAUAGAAACACAAUCUAGGGGGCUUCUAGGGGAUAGCUGCAUUUAUCUUGUGGAUAAAUUACAAGCAGACGGGCGCCAAGGCACACAGAUUGUAAUUACGCGUACAUAGAUAUAUAUACUAUAUAUAUAUACAUAUAUUAACUCUCUUUUUGCACUUGCACUCGGGCAGAAGACAAGAAGACUUGAUGCAUUUCCAACGGUUAACUCUCCGCCCAGUGGCACCUAUGGAUACAUCGCCUGAAAUGUAUCUAGAACGUGCGUUCCCACUGUGGUCGCAAUGCAGUUCUUUGCACACUUUUUAAUGAUUAGUAUUUGCUUUAAAUCGAUUAUGUUUUGUUGGUAAUAUGUAGCGCACUCUUCACUGCUCUCUGCUCUUUCCUCUCCCCUCUCCCUUCUCUUCUCUAUUCUAUUCUGUUCCGCUCUGAUCUGGUCUGACAUGCUCUGCACCGUUUCCCCCUUUCUCUGCAUUUGCAUUUACUGUUAACCAUCUUCCAGAGCUCUGAACUCUGCCUCUGCCUCUGCAUCUGUACUCUGUAUGGUAUAUCUUUCUUUCCUACAUUCGUCACUGCUAACUGCACUUUUCAAUUACAUCUCGUACUUCCGCCUGUACUCAAUUUUCAGCUAACUUACAGUACAUCUCUUUAUCAUCUCAUUCUGGCAGCGCGCACACAUUAAUCUUAACUUGUCUCUAACUGUAUGUAGUGUCUAAGUGUAAUAAUUUAUUUAUUUAACUUAUUUAUUUGGUAGCGCGUAAGUGUAAAUCGCAUGUAAGCAGCAAUGUUUGUAAGAAACAUAAAAGUUUAA